CCUAUGCCACCUAAAAAGACCUCUCAGAAGAUCAACAACAAGGCUGCUUCCAAGUCUGCCAACAAGGCGGCUACUAAGAAACAGAACAAUAAUAAAAACAAUAGCAAUAACAACGCUACCAAUGGAAAGAAAAAGGAGUCAAAGAUACCCGAAUAUGUAGCAGUGCCUGAAAACGAAGACGAAGUUGCUAUUUCUGAUGAAGACCUUGAGUUCUUUGCUGAGAAUAAAGGAUUUACUUCAUUUUUGACAGGUUUAGAUAGUAAAGCUCUCUCCAAAAAUCCUGUCAAACAAAAAGAGAAGAAGGUGACAAAGAAAGAACCCAAGAAACAAGAGCCUGAGGGUUUAGAUAGUUCAGAUGAAGAAUUAGAUAAUUUUGAAGAAUUAGACGAGGAAGAAGAAAUGGCUUUAUUAAACCAACAAUUUGAAGAUGAAUCUGAUGAGGAAGAGGAACAAGAAACUGUCAAAAAAGUACAACACACUACCAAGAAGGAGCUUCAUGAAUCUGACGAAGAAAUGGACUAUGAAACAAAGCCUAGAAAGGUAGCAAGCGAAUGGACACGUAAGGAUUAUCACAACAAGUUGCCCAUCAAAUUGCCUGGUGGUAAGAUUCAUCAACGUGAAGACGAUGAAGAAGAGCAAAUGAGUGCAUCCGAAGAUGAAGAGAAAGAUCAGAUGUCAAUGGAAUCAGAGGAAAAGCAAGAAGAAGAGGAGGAAGAAGAAGAGGAGGAAGUGAAGCCUAAAUUGAGCAAGAAGGAAUAUUUACUCCAGAAAAAGGAAGAAUUAGCCACUAUUGCCAAUGACAUUCAAGGUGAUCCUGAAGAUAACAUUGACCAAUUAAAGAAGCUUAGAUCCAUCAGCCAAGAUAACAAUGUUCUAGUCAAGAAAUUAGCUUUACUCACACAGUUGGCUGUCUACAAGGAUAUUAUUCCUGGCUAUCGUAUUCGUCCAUUGACUGCUACAGAAGAAGAAGUUCAAGUAUCUAAAGAAGUGAAGAAGACAAGAGAGUAUGAAAAGUCCUUGUUGACUAAUUACGAAAUGUACUUGAAGGACUUGAAUUACUUGGUUUCCAAGAAGAAGACAGAAGAAGAUGCCUCUUUGGCUUUGGUAGCUACUCGUUGUCUUUGCGAACUUUUGGUUUCCAAGAUUCACUUCAAUUUCCGUCUAGAAAUCAUGGUAACUGUAGUAACACGUAUGAGUACAAUGAAAUGGAAUGAAGCAGCCCAAUUAUGCAGUGAAGCCAUUGUUACUGUAUUUGAGAAUGACGAAUCGGGUAAAUCCUCUUUUGAUGCUGUCAAGAUGAUCAUUCGUAUGGUCAAAUCCAAGGGAUAUGCAGUGAACGAAAAGGUCAUUAAUGUCUUUUUGCGUCUUCGUCUCAAGGAUGAAAUGGCUCAUAGUUCAGUCAAAAGUGAUGAACCUGAGCAAGUAGGCAAGAAGAGAAAGAAUAACAACAAGCCGUUUUUGACAAAGAAGGCAAAGAAGACAUUAAAAGAAACCAGAGAGAUUGAGAAGGAAUUUCAAGAAGCAGAGGCCAUUGUCAGCAAAGAAGAAAAAGAAAAGAACCACACAGAAACACUCAAGUUGAUCUUUGCAUUUUACUUUAGAAUCUUGAAGAAGCAGACUUCUUCACCACUUUUACCAGCUGUCUUGGAAGGUCUUUCUUGCUUUGCGCACUUGAUCAACGUAGAUUUCUUUGACGAUCUUUUGAACGCACUUCGUGAUGUGAUGCAUGCUUUCGAGGAUUCGAAUGACAUUUCUCGUACCAGUUCAGGCACACGUAAACGAUUGUUGUGUAUUAUCACAGCUUUUGAACUGUUAUCAGGACAAGGUGAAGCAUUCAACUAUGAUCUCAAAGACUUUUACACCGAAAUCUACAAGAUUUUAUUUAAAGCCAGUUUCCAUACAAAGAUUGAAGAGAAACCUGAAUCUCAACAACAAACAGAAAGUGAAAUGUUGAUCCGAGGAUUAGAGUUGAUGUUCCUAAAGAAGCGACAAAUUCCUAUUAAUCGUUUAGCUGCAUUCAUUAAGCGUUUUGCACUGGUUGCACUUAAUAUGCCUAAUAAGACUGUGUUACAGUGUCUUGGGUUAGUUCAUAGACUUGUUCAGAAAGAUCAUCGUUUAGACGCCCUUUUGCAGUCAGAGGAUAGAGCAUCGAGUGGUAUUUAUGCUCCAUUAUUGGAAGAUCCCGAACUCUGUAAUCCUUUUGGUACAAGUCUUUAUGAGCUUUUCCUUUACCAAAAUCACUAUGAUCCUAAUGUUAGAGCUAUUGCAAAGAACCUGCAGAUGACAACACAAUUAUAAUAGAAUAAACAAACAAACAAACAAAAAUGAUGGCAUGAUUACAGAUAAAUACUAGUAAAGAAAAAAAAAGUGUGUAGUACUUUGU